UCAUUGAUUGGCCAACGAACAGGAAGUAACCGGAUGUUAGCUUGACUAGCUUAGCCCUAACAGAAAACCGUUUUAAAGAUUGUGUAAAAUGAAUGUGUGACUGGUGUUUUCGAUUAGUCAGUUGAUAUUUUUCGUAAAAACGUCGCUGUUGUGCAUUUCUUUUUUAGUCGCUGAGAUUACCUCCAGCGGAGGUUUUCUGCACGGAAUGUAAUUAGCUUUUAUUAGCAACCGGAAUCGACUAUUCGACUCCCUGGAGCUAAAGCAGAGACUUAAUCUGUGCUACUGAGGUUGAAGCGUUUUUAAAGUUCGUGGUUAUUGCUACAGGACAAAUCCACACUCUGAAUUUUGUGAGGCUGUGAGUGAAACACCAGAUCGUGUGUGGACACUUCCAGACAGAGUGGACCCAGAACAUCUGCCCAAGAUGCUGAUUUGUGUCCAUACAGCAGAGAAAAACAGAAUAUCCAGGUUAUAUGACUGAAACCAUGAUCUUCUAGAACAUGUGAAGGUUGAAGACAAGAAUCGUGAAAGCCGAGCAAGAAUGUAUGCAUUGAUGAAAGUUGAAGCAGACAAACCCAGAGAGCUCAGUUUGGAGGGGUCAAUACCUGUAGCAUCCAAUUCCGAACUGGAGCAUACUCAAGACAGCAAAGAUGUCAUUUUCCCAGGCCAUCAGAUGUUGGUCAUUAAAGAGGUUCCCCAUGACUGGAGCUCCAAUAUGGACCAGCUGGACCCAGAACCCCCCCACAUAAAGGAGGAAGAUGAGGAACAGUGGAUCAGUCAGGAGGAAGAGCAGCCUACUGCAAAGGGUGAAGAUGAAGAGAAAACUCAGUUAUCAAAGCCUCUUCAGAUCAAAACUGAAGACCACAGAGCUACUGAAGAUUCAUCCAGCAACUCAGGUGAACAGAUGGAAACAGAAACAGAAGAAGAGGACUGUGUCGGAGCAGAACCAGACGGGAACACAAGUCCAACAUGUUCUUCUCGACAAACUGAGGUGACAGUUAAGGAGAAAAGAAAAACACCUGGUCUGCGUUCCAAAUGCAUGGCUCCUACUGGAGGAAGCUCAUUUCAUUGCAAUUUUUGUGGUAAAAGAUUCAAACGUAAGACUAAUGUUAAAUUACAUAUGAUGAUCCACACAGGCAAUAGAGAGCAUAGCUGUGAUGUCUGUGGGAAAGGAUUUAAAGAAAAACAUUAUCUUCAGACACACAUGAGACUCCACACUGGAGAGAAACCUUUCGCCUGUGACCAAUGUGAUAAAAGGUUUCAUGCAAAGACAAGUCUAAAAACUCACCUGAAGGUUCAUUCAGGGGAAAAACCUUUUCCAUGUGACAUUUGUGGCACGAGAUUUAAAAUGAAGGGAACUCUUAAAAACCACAUGAUGAUUCACACCGCAGAGAAACCAUAUGUGUGUACCGUGUGCAGUAAAGGAUUUUCACUUCAAGUUCACUUAAAGAGUCAUAUGUGUGUCCACACAGGAGAGAAGCUGUUCACUUGUAGUGUUUGUACUAAAGGAUUUUCACAACAAAUUCAUCUUAAGAUUCACAUGCGCAUUCAUACUGGAGAAAAGCCGUUUACUUGUAGUGUUUGUUCCAAAGGGUUUUCACAAAACGAGACCUUAAAGAGACAUAUGUGUGUUCACACAGGAGAAAAACCAUUCAUUUGUAGUGUUUGCAGUAAGGGAUUUUCACAAAAAGAGACACUAAAGAGACACAUGUGUGUUCACACUGGUGAGAAACCAUUCAUUUGUGGUCUUUGUUCUAAAGGAUUUUCACAACAAAUUCAUCUGAAAAGUCACAUGCGUGUUCACACAGGAGAGAAACCAUUUGUUUGUAGAGUUUGUGCUAAAGCAUUUUCAAAACAAGAGUCUCUAAAGAGACAUGUGUGCUCACCCAGAAGAUAAAUUGUGAUAAAGGAACAGGUUUUCCCUGUCCUCCUACAAAUUUAUUUAAAGGGAAAGUGAAAAUAGUUGCUCUAAUAGGAAAAGCUGUUAAGUUACAUUUAAUAAGGAGGUCAGAAGUGGGGCAGUGUUUUUAAAGCCAACAUUAAGCAGUCAUCCUCUCACUUGAUGCCCACAUGGCCUUUUAGACAGUAAUUAUCUAAUUUAUUCAAGCUUCAGUUGUGAAGCUGAACCAUCAAAGUGGAUGGUUUUGCAAAUCAAUUCAAAUGGUCUCAUAGGCCAUAGAUUUAAUCCAUGAAAACUGCCAAAACAUUCAGGUGUCAGCCUGGCAUCUCAAAAGUAUACAUCCUUGGUGGGGUAUUAUGCUAAAGAAUGUUUGACAUGACAUGUAAAGGUUAAGUUUUCAUGGACCUGACAAGAAAUGUUGUGUUAUCUUAUUUUUGCUCAUUUACAAAUCCACAUAGUUGGUGGACAGAGUAUAUGACAGUAUCUAAAAUUUUAGAUAAUGUUUAGUUGUGCAUUGUUUUACUUAUUUACUUUUAUUUUUAUGUAUUGUUAUCAUGUGUUUGACUCCAAAUAAUGCAUCUUAAUGUCUUUGUAAAGUUUGUAGAGUGCUGUUGUUAUGCUAAAUGCUUUCACUCUCUCAAACUUGAGUGGUGUUUUUAAAAGGAUACGAGAAUGGUCCAUUGCAAAAGAAAAAAAACUAGAAAAUAAAUUUUCAAGUUUUCCAACUGCUCAUUUAUUGUUCACAGGUGUUUAUCAGAAAAAUACUCCACACUCCUCCACUUAUGUUUUGGUUAUUGAUGUUUUGGAGAUAAGAUAAUUCAGUAAAUAAUUUAGUCACACAGCUGAUAUAAUGCAGAAAUAUUAUAUCAGCUUCAAACUGAAGCUUGUAA